ACGAAACGCUACACAGAUACAGAGAUAGUAAAGCUCCACCGCAAUGGAGCAAAACCAAGAGAUCCGACCCGAAACCCCGGAAAACCCGAAAACAAACACUGAUAUUCUAACCAACACCCAAGCCUCUCCAACGAAGGAAGCCAUCACACCCUCCAACAUCGACGUAACCAACGCCAAAAUCGACAAUAAUGAAAUCCCUAUCCCAGAUCCAAACCCUAACCCCACCGAGAAAUCACACCCAAGCGAAUCCGACGAAGACGCAUACAUCCCAAGCAUCUCCGAAUCCCUCGGCGAAGAAGAAGAAUCCUCCGACCUCGUAACAGAACCCCAAUCACAAUCACAAUCCCAAUCCCAAUCCCAAAACCCUAACAAUCCCUUAGAGCCAGGCCCCAGAACAAGAAAACGACGCCGUAGAAAACGUUUCUUCACAGAGAUAAACGCGAACCCCGCCUUCUCCCGUAACCGCCGCCACAGCGUCGGCAAAGAGCUCGACUCCGAAGCCAUAACCGCCAUGUCCGUCGGUUUCCCCGUUAACUCCCUCACAGAGGAAGAGAUCGAAGCCAACGUCGUCUCCAUCAUCGGAGGCAAAGAGCAGGCCAAUUACAUCGUCGUUAGGAACCACAUCAUCGCCUUGUGGAGAUCCAACGUCUCUAAUUGGCUGACGAGGGAUCACGCGCUCGAGUCUAUACGGUUAGAGCACAAGACGUUGGUGGAUACUGCUUAUAAGUUUCUACUUGAGCACGGUUAUAUUAAUUUCGGUUUAGCUCCGGUUAUCAAAGAGGCGAAAUUGAGAUCGUUUGAUGGUUUGGUUCAAGAUCCUCCUAAUGUGGUUGUUGUUGGUGCGGGGUUGGCUGGUUUGGUUGCUGCUAGGCAGUUGUUGUCUAUGGGGUUUAGGGUUUUGGUUUUGGAAGGGAGGGGUAGACCGGGCGGCCGGGUUAAAACCCGGAGGAUGAAGGGUGGGGAUGGUGUUGAGGCAAUGGCUGAUGUUGGUGGGAGUGUGUUGACUGGGAUUAAUGGGAAUCCACUUGGUGUCUUGGCGAGGCAGCUUGGUUUGCCUCUUCAUAAAGUUAGAGAUAUUUGUCCUUUGUAUCUACCUAGUGGUGAGCUUGUUGAUGUUGGUGUUGAUUCCAAGAUUGAGGCGUCGUUUAAUAAGUUGUUGGAUAGGGUUUGUAAGCUUAGGCAGUCGAUGAUUGAGGAGAUUAAGUCUGUGGAUGUGCCUUUGGGUGAAGCGCUUGAGACUUUUAGGUUGGUUUAUGGUGUUGCUGAGGAUCAGGAGGAGAGGAUGUUGUUAGAUUGGCAUUUAGCGAAUUUGGAGUAUGCGAAUGCGACGUUGUUGGGUAACUUGUCGAUGGCGUAUUGGGAUCAGGAUGAUCCGUAUGAGAUGGGGGGUGAUCAUUGUUUUAUACCUGGUGGGAAUGAGACGUUUGUGCAUGCUUUGGCUGAGAAUUUGCCUGUUUUUUAUGGGAAUAUUGUGGAGAGUAUUAGGUAUGGGAGUGAUGGGGUUAUGGUUUAUGCGGGUGAUAAGGAGUUUUCCUGUGACAUGGCUCUUUGUACGGUUCCGUUAGGUGUUUUGAAGAAAGGGGGGAUUGGGUUUUAUCCUGAGCUUCCUGAGAAGAAGAAAGAAGCAAUUCAGAGGCUUGGAUAUGGGUUGUUGAACAAAGUUGCGAUGUUGUUUCCUUAUAACUUUUGGGGGGAGGAGAUUGAUACGUUUGGGAGAUUAACUGAGGAUUCAAGCACGAGAGGAGAGUUCUUCUUGUUCUACAGCUACUCUUCCGUCUCUGGUGGUCCAUUACUUGUGGCACUUGUAGCUGGAGAUGCAGCAGAGAGGUUUGAGACAUUGUCUCCUACUGAUUCUGUUAAAAGGGUGUUGGAGAUACUACGUGGAAUUUAUCACCCGAAAGGAAUCGUUGUUCCUGAUCCGGUUCAAGCCCUCUGUUCCAGAUGGGGACAAGACAAGUUUUCGUAUGGUUCUUACUCGUAUGUUGCGGUGGGAUCAUCUGGAGAUGAUUAUGACAUUUUAGCAGAGAGUGUAGGAGAUGGAAGAGUGUUCUUUGCAGGUGAAGCGACGAACAAACAGUAUCCGGCUACUAUGCACGGAGCUUUCUUAAGUGGAAUGAGAGAAGCAGCAAACAUACUUAGAGUUGCUAGAAGAAGGGCAUCGUCAUCGGUUUCAAACGUUGCUAAGUGAGAUCUAAUCUUUAGUUUGAAUUUUGUUUUUUUAAGAUAGGACCUGGAAAUUUUUACGAUCCCCUGAAUUAUCCGCAGAUUGAUCAGUCUCUUAGCUUUAUGCUUCUGUAAUUCACUGACAUGUCUCUGAAAAAUAUGGUUCAUUUUCAAUAUCAAAUUAUCGUCGAAGUUCAUUAACUAUGAUUCUUGUGUUGGGGGACUUGGGAUCUUGAAAUGAUAUCAAAGAUGUUUUGUUUGAUCUUCA